AUGCCUUACAACGCCAACGCCAUUCCCCGCGCCGCUGUGUGGACUUUGAAGUCCUCUAACCCUGAUCUACCAGCUGAAUCAGCCAUUCUACCUGAUGACGGCAGCAACGCUACUGAGUCCGUUUUUGAAGAAGACAAACGCCGUCUUGUGAACCCUCAGGACUUUGCUGAUGGUGGCAAAUAUCGCUCCAUUGUGAAGAUUCAGGCUUUGUUCAACGCCGGAAAUGGCCGUAGUGUUUGGAUGAUGGGCUCUGGGUGGCUCAUUAGUCCCGACACCGUCGUGACUGCUGGGCAUGUCGUCUAUGACUGGAGUCGACGCCUCCAAGGAGCCAUUGAGAUUAAGUGCUACAUUGGAUACUCUGGGCUUGCGUCUGUCGGUACUUCUAACGUACAGGCUCGGUUCGGGGAGCGCAUCAUCACUACUGCUGAGUGGAUUGAAGCAGCUGGAAACCGUACGCACGAUGUUGCUUUCAUCAAGGUCAACCGUCCGUUUACUGGAAAUCUGAGAAACAUCGCUUUCAAAGACACCCCUUCUGUCGCUAAAAGCGUUCUACUUGGCGUUGUCGGAUAUCCGGGAGAUAAGUACCUCAAGACCACGAGUGGAACUGAUGAGAAAGGUGCGCAAAUGUACGAGGAGUUUGCCCCUACCGAUUUCAACAUUGAAAAGAGCGAGCGGCACAUGGUUGAGUACCAGAUUUCAACCUUCGCUGGCCAGUCUGGAGCUCCUAUCCUGCAGGCAAUUGACAAUGGACUGAUUUCAAUUGGAACCCACUGCUACGGUGGCGGCGGUGAUUACAGCAACUCUGGAAACUCUAUCGGUGGUCAAUACGGUGUGCACUACAACGCUUUCCUCGCACUUUUCAACAGCCAUCAGUUCCCUGCUGCACAGCGCCUGGGCAUCAAGGUUCUGGACGUUGAUACCAACGCUCGGGCUCAUAACGAUGUGCGCAACGGAAAUGGGCAAAUCAAGAGCGAUAUUAGCAAAUAUGUCAACGGCAACAGUAACGGCAACGGAGUUAGCAAUAACGAAUACAAUGGCUUUCGUGCAGAGAACACUUCGUUCCGACCCUCGCAAACGGACAACUUCGGCACGGGUAAUUCGAACGGCUCGGAUGAGGAAGGCUUCCUUGACAUCUUGAAGUCUGUCGCUCGAGUUGCGGCGCCAGUUGUUUCCACUGUGACUCCUUUCUUGGGUCCAAUCGGGGGGCCCAUCGGCAGCAUUGCUGGCGGUAUCCUCUCUACCAUUGGAGGAGCCGAGUCCGCCAUCAUAAACGGCGACGUUUCCAGUGCGAUAGCUACCUCAGCUGCCUCAGGAGCUACCGAACGUGCCGUUCUGGCCGAAGCUUCCCUUCAAGCCCUCCUGAAGCUUGAAGAUUCUCCCGAGACAGCCGAGCUUCUCCACACCAUCGACUCGAAGUACCGCGCUUUCAGACCCAAACUCGAUGUCAUUGCUAAAGUCGCACAACCUCAACUCACUGAAUGUGGACUUAUGCUAGCUCAUCGUGAGAUGGCUCGCAUUCAUGAGCGAGGUGUUAACCAGGGACAAGAGUCGGAGAUCGAACUGCCCCGCGAAGAGCUGAAAGGCGUACAGGAGUCGAUCUUAUACAGCCAGUCAGGUCAGGAGACUGCAUUUGUUAAGGGUCUCCUCGCACCCACACGACCUGUUCCAGGCGAAGAAAGCUUUUUCAGCGACCUCGGCUCAGUUCUCAGCAAGGGAGUGAGCUUUGCCAAGCCAUUGAUCUCAAGUGCUGCACAGGGAGCCCUCAAAAGUGUGAUUGGUAAGCUGAGCGCCGGCACCGAGUCGGAACUGAGCUCUUCUACCCCAGGAAGCCACGAGCAUGCCACCCUCUUGGCCUUCAAGCGCGCGGCUGCGGCUGAAGCCGCUCUGCAGACACUUAUGACGCUUCCCCAGCAGAAGCUGGAUAGACUCUUGAUCAGCAGCCCUCGGGGUGGUGAAGAGAGUUUCUUCGAUGUCAUCAAGUCCGGCGUUCAAAAGAUUGCCCCGGCCGCCCUGGACAUUGCCAAACAAGCCGUGCGCAAGGUGGUUCCCAUCAUCGCUGACGCGGUUUCUCAGAAGGUCAAAGACGCUGUCGGAGAGAGUGCCCCCGGUAUCCAGUACUACAACUACACUCUCAAUCCGCUGAAGGCCGUUAAGUCGAAGCAGUCAGUUGGGGAUCUGCUCGCCUUGGAUGCGGGGGCUUAUAACAGUGCUAAGGUGAGCAGCCCUCUCCAUGAAUCGGAGGCAACAAACGAUGAUGAUGAUGCCCCCAAGCCCACCCUCAACGAUAUCCUAUCGUCUCGUCAGAGUACCUGGGUGCCUUCGCUGCACAGACGAAAGUCCUGGGACUCGAAUGAUGACGGACUCUGCUCGAUGGACGAGGAAUGUCUGUGA